AUGCCAGAAAACUUCAAUGAAAACCCCUUUGAAGACUUCCCGGAGUCUCCAAGAAAGCCGGAAAGCAUUUAUACCCCAAUAUCAUCCCCGAGGAAGCAAUCUCCAUCAAAGGCAGCUUUGAAAUACUCGCCAGCAAUUUCGUUCAAAAGGAGUGACUCUGAGCUGUUUGGAAAUAGCACAGCAAAUAGGUUCAUUAUGGCAGCUGAGAAAACAGGAGCUACUCCGAGAGCAGCCUACACCACCAGCGAGUCUCCCACCAGAUCCAAACCAGCUUUUGUGAGAACUAAUUCUGAUGAUGAUGACGACAUAUUUAGUGCUAAGAGUGAUGACUUUACUAAGUCUUUGCGCAGUGACCGAACUCUAGAGACCCCACGGCCGAUUUUCUCUGCCUCUGCCUACACAGCCGCUAAUGCUAGCCCGUUUAAAUCGUCAAUUCCUAAGCUGGACGCAUCCAGAGAAUCUUCGCAGUCGUCCCAAUCCACCCUGAGCAUGGCUAUGGCCGACCUGGUCAAGCAAGAUACCAAUCCAUCUCUUUUUGAUCGUGAUACUCUCGGAUCCCAAACUAUCGAUGAAGAAUACAAUUUCACCACCAGUCUUGAUGGAAAGCUAUUUGACGAGCUUCCAAAGGAUUUCCAGCCAAGAAGAAACAACUACAGAACGACCCAGAAGACGUUCAAGUCAAAAAAUGGUAAUCUGGUGCUCGAUAACCCAAUUCCGUCCACGCUUUACAACUUCUUGCCGAUCAAGGGAGAAGAUGAGUUCGACUACAUGAAGUACUCGGCGGUUACUACAGGUCCAGAUGAGUUUGCUGAGGAAGGUUUCAGUUUGAGAACAUGCGACAUGGGAAGAGAGACAGAGAUCGUUGUUUGCAUUACAAUGUAUAACGAAGACGAGGUUUCUUUGACAAGAACCUUGCAUGCGGUGUUCCGAAACAUUGCCUAUCUUUCCAGAAGACAAAAUAGCAGAACUUGGGGCAAGGAUUCCUGGAAGAAAGUCGUUGUCAUGAUUGUUGCCGAUGGACGGAACAAGAUCUCUCCUGGCGUUUUGCAAAUUCUCUCUGCAAUUGGUAUUUACCAGGAAGGGAUUGCCAAAUCUCUUGUCAACCAGAAAGAGGUCCAGGCCCAUCUAUUUGAGUACACUGCUCAAUUGUCCAUUGAUGAGGAUUUGAAGUUCAGUGGUAUCGAGAAAGGUAUUUGUCCUGUGCAAUUGGUUUUCUGUUUGAAAGAGAAGAAUGCCAAAAAGAUUAACUCCCAUAGGUGGCUCUUCAAUGCAGUUUGUCCUGUUUUGGAACCCAAAGUGUGUGUUCUUCUUGAUGUUGGUACCCGUCCUUGUGACAGCGCUGUUUAUAACCUGUGGAAGGCGUUUGACUACGAUUCCAACGUCGCUGGUGCAGCUGGAGAAAUUGUUGCCAUGAAAGGUAAAUUGUGGAAAAAACUGGCCAAUCCAUUGGUUGCUUCGCAGAACUUUGAGUACAAAAUGUCGAACAUUCUCGACAAACCAUGCGAGUCCGUGUUUGGCUACAUCUCCGUCUUGCCAGGUGCACUGUCCGCCUACAGAUACGCCGCUUUGAAGAAUCACGAAGACGGCACUGGCCCGCUAAAUGCCUACUUCAAGGGAGAGAACACCGACGGCGCAGCCGACGCUGGAAUAUUCUCUGCCAACAUGUAUCUUGCCGAGGACAGAAUUCUAGCCUGGGAACUUGUUGCCAAAAAAGAUGCCAAAUGGGUCCUCAAGUACGUGAAGAGUGCUCAGGGAGAAACGGAUGUUCCUGAGGCGCUGUCUGAAUUCAUCUCGCAAAGAAGAAGGUGGCUGAACGGUGCAUUCUUUGCUGCCGUGUAUUCGCAAGCUAAAUUCUUUCAAAUCUGGAAAACCGACCACUCGACUUUGAGAAAGCUUUUCUUGCACAUCGAAUUCGUCUACCAGUUCUUCACAUUGUUGUUCACAUUCUUCUCCAUCUCCAACUUCUAUCUGACCUUCUAUUAUCUUGCUGGCUCUCUAAUCAAUCUUGCUGGUACUGGUGGAAAGGUGCUGUUUGAAAUCAUGAAUUACCUGUGUUUAUGCACACUACUAGGCAUGUUAGUGAUCUCCAUGGGCAACAGACCGCAGGGAGCUCCAAAAUUGUUUUUGGCAGCAGUUAUCCUGCUCACUGUUUGUGGCACAUACGCAAUCAUUUCCGGAUUCUACUUCAUGGUGCUCAUGGUGAAAGAAAACAAGGCUGGAAGCGCAGGGGGUCUCAGCUUUGCCUCCAUUUGCGUCAGUUUGGCGUCCACGUACGGUCUGUACGUGCUCAUGUCGAUUCUUUAUUUGGACCCGUGGCACAUUCUCUCGUCGUCCAUCCAGUACUUCUUCCUGCUGCCAGCCUACACCUGUCUGCUGCAGAUCUACGCUUUCUGCAACACUCACGAUGUCACGUGGGGUACCAAGGGAGAGAACCAGCCUGUUUCGAGUUUGGGAUCUGCCACGAUUGUGACCAACGAGGAGGGCCAAGAGGUGAUCAAGCUGGAGAUCGUGGGCGACCAGAGAGACAUCGACUCGAUGUACACAGAGAAUCUGUAUCAGCUGAAGGAGAGAAGAAAGACCCCUGUUAAGAUGAGAGACGGCGGAGCCGUGAAACCACAAAUCAGCUCGGAGGACUACUACAGAGACGUGCGUUCGCGAGUGGUGCUCCUGUGGACGAUCGCCAACGUAGUUUUGGUGAUGACCAUCACGCAGAUUUACCAGCCAGACUCAAUCAAGAACAACAAGUACCUGGCGGUGAUUCUUUGGAGCGUUUUCGGAUUUGCACUAUUCCGUUUCGUGGGCUCGUUCUCGUUCUUGGUUCAUCUUCUGCUGCGCAAGAUUGUCAUUGCCAAGAGCAAAUGGGAUAUAAAAAGAAGCUCCCGAGACGAGAAGAAUGAGAUGGUGAUGCUAUAA